UCAGAGGUCACUUGUCGCGAUGAGGACUCCAUCCAGUACUUCGAGGGUGCCACGUGGUCUGUUGGCAAUUGUAUUAAGUGCAGCUGCACUCACGGCAAGAUUCGCUGCACAAGGAAGCUCUUACUAGUUUCAUUUCUCCAGCUUGGAAUGAAAAAGCCAACUGUUAUCAACAACGAACCGAAUUUCAGUGAAAACUGCGAACAAUUUGAAUGUAACGUGGCUAAUUUUAUGAAGAAAAACCACGGAGUUUGUAAAGCAUGCAGGUGGAACGGAAAAUUGUAUUACGAUGGUGAUCAUUGGGCGCAAAAUGGCGUUGACUUUUACUGCAGCAGCUCUAUUUUGCAAGUCAGGCCUGGGUGUUACGUUUCUAACAGUAAAGCGACCUGUACUGGAGCGAUACCAGGGUUACGAGAGCUGUCCUUGAUAUCAAAAGACGACCUUUUCCUGUGCGAGAGUGGGGACGAGAUACGAUCCCUUGGGGACAGGUGUGAUGUCUGGAAAGAUUGCGCCGAUCACUCAGACGAACGAAACUGCAAUCAGUACUAUUGCGCUACUGAAGAAUCACAUGGUUUUCUUUGGGUGAGAGCUCAAGUCGGAAGUGAAACUCUUAAAUCAUGUGCCGUAGCAAAUUCAUCCUGGGCAGGGAUAUUCGGAAGCAAAUGUAUGAUGCCUUAUUACACUGUAUGGCAACACCUGAGCACCUGUACUUGUGAAAGAAAAUCCACGUUGGAGAGUUUUAGGAACAAGUUCGCAAAUCGCAAUGAUUCAAACUUCCUCAAUGUGUCAAACGAUCUGGCUACCGCUGCAGAGAACGGGGAAUUCACGAAUAUCAGGGUGUUUCAUGAGCUGUUCAUAGAUUUGUUUUACAACGUAACACGGUCACUUACACCACUCACUGUGCAAAAUGCUGGUAAAGCGCUGCAAUAUUGUCAGCAUUUCAUCAAAACUCUUCUAUCAUCUCCGAUUUACGAGCGAAAAACAUCAUUUUGUGGACGACCGAAAUUGCCUUCUGAUCGAAACUAUCAUGUCGAUAAGGCAUUAGAGUUUCUCCGUCAGGCUCCCAAUGAUACCGAAGCCUACCGUUUUGGCCAGAUAAGAUUUUCUCCAGUCCGGGAAUAUACUACCCAGCCGAACGUCGUGGAUAACUUCAGGCCAACCACGACGCAAGUUCACUUCGUAAUACAGAGGCGAGAACUAUUUCUUCAGUUAAACACAGCUCAGCUACUACCAAGAGAGGUAGAAAAACCUAUCUCAGUACCUGUCGAUAACAGGAACACCACUGGUAACAUGUCAACGGCAAAUACAACAAAAGCUAAUAGCACUAGCGCUCCAGAUGGAAACGUGGUAGGUCGUUGAAAAUUGUUUAACUUAACUACCGUACACUAUCAGCCCAAUGGAACUUGC